AUGGAGCGGUGCUCGCGACCGGUGCCGGGGGAGGCGGCAAGCUGCGGCCUCGCCAGGGCAGUCUGCGCCCCGCGCCCCGCCAGUGUGCCGGUUGCGGCGGCGGAUGGCCGACCCACCGCCACAAAGGAGCGCGCCGACACCUUGGCGCGAGUGUGCGCCGCCACGUCUGAUUUCCCUUUUGGGGAGCUUGACGCUGCGUUGCGGGAGGUGCGUCUCCGGAGUGCGCCGGGGCUUGGUGCGCUUCACUGCGAGGCCCUGCACCAACCGCCCCUCGCCGCCUGCAAGGAACUCGCGGCCGCGUUCAACAGGAGCAUCGGCGACGGUGGCACUCCGGAUUCCCGGGAAGUGGGCAUUGUGACUAUCCCGCCCCUCAAGCCUGGGAAGCCGGGCAAAUGA